CCUGCUGCUUGAAAAGUGAGGUAUUUAUAGGUGGAGGCGCGACGGCAUCGCUCCAAAGCUCCUGGUUCCACACUGCUCUGCACUUGCCAUCAUGCUGAGGACUGCUGUUUUCGUCUUUAUCGCGUGCUGCGCGCUUUCAGCGCUGUCAUUGGCUGGAGACACAAACAAAUCCAAACCUUCAGCAACUGUCGCCCCUGCAAGUCAAUUUGACAGUUCAAACACCACCACCACUACCAGCAAGGCUCCAAACACCACCACCAAGGCUCCAACCACCACCAAGCAUCCAACCACCACCACCAAGCAUCCAACCACCACCACCAAGGCUCCAAACACCACCACCAAGCAUCCAAACACCACCACCCCUACCAGCAAGCCUCCAACCACCACCAAGCAUCCAAACACCACCACCAAGGCUCCAACCACCACCAAGCAUCCAAACACCACCACCACCAAGGCUCCAACCACCACCAACCAUCCAAACACCACCACCACCAAGGCUCCAACCACCACCAAGCAUCCAAACACCACCACCACCAAGGCUCCAACCACCACCACCAAGCCUCCAAACACGACUACCACGGCUUCACCAACGCCCACACCUAGACCCUCCGCUGGCUUGACCGUAGGAGACUACAAUAUCACAAAAAAUAAAAAUGAGACCUGCCUGAGGGCUCAGAUGGCGCUGCAGAUCCGAAAAGUAUCAACAAAUACAAUCUUCAUUGUUCAGCCACAUCUAACCAGUACUAAAGGAAGUUGCAAUGAAAACAGUGCCAACAUUUGGAUUUCCUUUAAAGAGGGCUUCAUUAACUUCAACUUCACCAAGAAUGUUCCUAAUAACACCGUCUACGUUGAUGCCGUGUCUUUCAGCUUGAACUACCCUUUAACCACUGAAGGUACAACUUACAAGGCCAUCAACAAGUCAGUCCAUCUGUUCCCUGCACAGAUUGGACAUUCCUACUCCUGCAGCGCUGAUUCUAUUUACAUGGGCAACGACCUGUCCCUGGAUGUAAACUCUGACAGAACGCAAGCCUUCAAUCUGACCAAGAACAACUUUGGCAAUUCUGACUACUGUCCUGCGGACCAGCGUAGUUACAAGAUUGCCAUUGGAGUGGGAGUGGCACUGCUGGUGCUCAUCGUGGUGGUGGUAGUGGCCUAUCUGGUGAGCCGCAAGAGGAGGACCGAUGGCUACCAAUCCCUGUGAGGGGGACUGGCCAGAAAGGGCUAAGCAGUCACUAAGACCUUCUUAGGUGGAUGAAGGGGAUCUUUACUGAAACCUGUCAUUUCUGUCUUUGUCUCCUAAUUUAACUGGUUGAUGGUUAGUUACAGUUUUCAUUCAGAGGUUCCUGCGUAUGUGUGCCACUCUAAACAGCUUGAUUUUACAAUUUGAGAAUAUAAAGUUUUUUAAAUUUAGUUUUAAACGAGUUAAAUGUAGAUCAGUUUGAAUAACAAAUGCAUACUGGUUUUCAUUUUAUUGUCACAGCCACACACUCUACACUCCAUACGGUCAGGUUUUGAAACGCCAGUAUGACAAGUCGAGCGCUUACUUUGUCAUUUAAUGCCAGUUGCUAGGAUGUUUAUUUGUGUCACUAUGGUACAUAAGCAGUGUUUGGAUCACAGAGUUGUAUUGUUCAUUAUUGACAACAGCGGCCCCCCGUUAUGAGUCAUAAUCCAACUGUUGCUAUCACUUAACUCAAGAGUUGUGAAGUAAAAGUCAUUUUUAAUCAUCUUUUCUUUUAAAAUUAGAAGCAGCCUAUUUUUAAAAGCAUUACUGAUUUUUUUUAACUGUUACAGGAUGUUGUAUUAAAUGUUUGUUUUGUUUUUUUUAAUCGCAUCUUGUAUGCUCUUAAUUUUUUUUCAUAAAAAGGGAGGUGAUGGUAUAUUGUGUUUGGAUCAUUAGCUAUCAUCAGCUGAAGGGAUCAUCAGUUAUUGCACUGAUCGUUGUCUCAGCCUACUUUCUUUGCCUUUGUCAAACUGUAGUGGAAUGGAGCCUCCAUGUUGGUCAAUAAUGACUUUAGUCUAAUCCUGAUAAGAUUUUUAAUGGCUCAUGCACGUUUUAUUUGGUGUUUAUGCCGAAUAAACAACAAUGACACAAGGGAACCACUAAUUGGCAGUAGGGAACUAUGCAGUUUAAACAACAGUAACUUAAAGUAAGCUGUUCAUUUGCAUUUUGGGUUCAUUUGUGUUUCUAAUUUGGAUGUCAGAUAAAGAACAAAUGUAUGGUUUAUUGUGGCUUAUUCUAAAGUGGUCAGUAAGAGAAAUAUGUAAAUGACAGUCCAUUUAAAUUUUAGAGCGUAUAAAUGUUGAACAGCAGAUUGUUUUGUUUAAAAUUCCUGCAACACAGAGAAGUGAGAGGACAUCUGAACCCACUCAAUCUAUGUAUGUUUGAAGUUUUUUAAAAAGAAAGAAAGCAAUAGGAAUGUCAGUGCUAUUACAUUUAACUUUUGAAAUGCACAAGCUAAAUUUCUCUGUAGGUUUGAAGCGGGGAAGUAAAAAGCUCAGAGAGAUGUCUCAAGAAUUGAACAAAUGCAACCAAAACCUUCUGCGUGCCACCAUAACACCAUACUGUACCAACAAAGGAGUUUCUCUCCUGGUGUCAAAUGUAUUCGUGUGAACCAACUCUUCAGUAAUACUUUAAAUGAUUAUUCGUGUGCUUUUGUUGAUGUAAUAAAAAAGGGAUGUUGUGAUAUUAUAACUGUGUCAGUGACUGGCAGCUCCACUCUUACUGUCAGGGCAGGCAGAGGCUGUGAAAUGAAGACAUCAGCAGAAAAGUUAGACUUUACUGUUGUGCACAGCAUGUGAGCACUUUGUAUCUCGUUUUUACGCCCUUUUCCAAUAAAAAUGAUUAUAUUAUUUCUAAA